UAUGGAUACAAUGGGGUCUUGGUGGGACUGCUGAUGGCUGUCUUCUCUGCUGAUGGAGACUACAACUGGUGGCUCCUCCUGCCCGUGGCACUGGUGUCCAUGACCUGCCCCAUUUUCACCAGUGCUUUAAGUACCGUUUUCUCUAAGUGGGACCUGCCUGUUCUCACCUUGCCUUUCAACUUGGCCUUGACCCUCUACCUGGCUGCUUCAGGACCACACAGCCUCUUCUUCCCUACAACUGUCAUUCAUCCUGCAGCAUCAACACCGAAUGUCACCUGGGCAGAGGUUGAAAUGACAAUGCUUCUGAAAUCCAUUCCAGUCGGCGUGGGCCAGGUUUAUGGUUGUGACAGUCCCUGGACUGGCGGAAUUUUCCUGAUUGGGUUAUUUAUCUCCUCUCCACUUAUUUGUGUCCACACAGUGAUCGGCUCAGCAGUGGGGAUGCUGGCAGGGCUGAGCUUAGCAAAGCCAUUUAACCAAAUCUACUCGGGGCUGUGGGGUUACAACAGCUCCCUGUCCUGCGCUGCCAUCGGGGGCAUGUUCUUGGCUCUCACCUGGCAGACACACCUCCUGGCCAUGGCCUGCGCACUCUUCAGUGCCUACCUGGGAGCAGCAGUGACCCACAUGUUGUCUGUGUUUGGGGUGCCAUCUGGAACCUGGUCUUUUUGCUUGUCUGCACUGACCUUCCUGCUGAUGACCACAAGCCAUUCUGCGAUCUGCAGGCUGCCGCUCUCCAAAGUCACCUACCCAGAAGCCAACCGAGCUUAUUAUCUGAUGAUGAAGAAACAUGAGAGGUCUUGCUAUGAGGCAUAGAGAUCUAAGAAGAGAGAAACUCAUCAGAUCUUAAGGCAAGAGCAUGAGGUGUUUGCCCAACAGACUGUGAUUUGUGUGCUACAAUGUCCAACACCACCACCCUCUGUGUGGACAGACUUUUCCCAUCACAUGUGCUUGUUCUAUUAACAAGAUUUCUAUUAGGUAGGACUGGGCUGUGCUGGAAGGACUUUUCCCAAGAUCAACCUAUUAUGAUUUUAAAGCACACAUCUGAAAUGACACUUGAAUUAUAAGCAAUGGGAAAAUGACUUGCAAGCUGAAAAGAAAAAUCUCUAUGAAAUUGAAGAUGCCGAAAUCACACAUAAAGAAAUAAAGAGCAUCUUUCAGCAUAUAAAAGAACUUUAAAUUAAUGGCUAAACAUCUUAUGACAGCAAGACGAGGCAUCUUAGAGAGUUUCAUUGUACCAUAAAAUUGAAUAAAGAGCACUCCUUGCCAAAUAGAAAA